AUGCAAAUCGAUCUCCGUUUGAGAGAACUAGAGGGUUAUGAUGUUGUUUUCCUCAGUCCCCACAAGUUUGUUGGAGGCCCAGGAACCCCGGGGAUCUUGCUGAUGAGCAAGACCCUCUAUUACUUGAGAUCUUCACCUCCUUCUACUUGUGGCGGUGGGACGGUCGCCUUCGUCAACGGUUUCAAUGAAAAGGAUACCCUUUACUAUGACAAUGUAGAAGAGUGGGAGGAUGCUGGAACAUCGAAAAUUGUGCAAAAGAUCCGACUAGUAUUGGCAUUCUGGGUGAAGGACUACAUGGGCUACCAUCUCAUUGAUACUCAAGAAAUGAUGUGGAAUGACAAGGGUCUCCAAAAGCUCUUGCUGAACGCAAACAUACAUGUGCUCGGGAACACUUCAGUAAAGCGUCAGCCCAUCCUCUCCUUCCUCAUCAACACCACAUCAUUGGACCAGGUUGCUGAUUUGGGAGACAAAGGGGUGUACAUGUUGAGAGAGCGAGCCACCAAGAUGGACAAGGCUCUCCAUGGACUCUUUAUAACGAAGCUUCUCAACGAUCUAUUCGGAAUCUAG